AUGACCGAUGAGGGGUUUAGAAUCGAUUUGCCCGGAGUGGCCAAUAGCUCUCUGUCGGAAGUUCCUCAGGAAGUACUUAAGAAUGCCUCUCUGGAAAUACGAGACCACGACAGCACUAGUGAUGAGGACAAACCCUUGCAAUUGCUAAAACAACAGUACAGUUCGACGGGGGAAUUGAAAGAGGAGCAAUUGCAAGUUUUACAAAGUUUGACGAAAGAGAAGCAUUUGGAAAAAUUUGCUAGAAAUAUGCGGGAGAAGCAACGACUGGAACAGGAGCAGAAACAUGAAGCCAAAUUGGGGCGUUGCAGUAGUUCGGAAGACGAGACAGACACGAAAAGGAUGGUACAGCGAUCAAAAAUGCGCGCUAGGAAGUUGCGGAACCGGUUGAGCGUUCCACUGAAGUCGUCCGAUGUUAACACGGACGAGGAAGAUGAAGAAGAGGAAGACCAGGACCAAGCGAGAGAUUUGAGGAAGCGUAAAAGGUUGGACCAGACCUCUUCCGAAUCGGAAGCAGGGAGUAAUGCCAAAAGGAUGAGUCGUUGCCAAACGCAAAUGAAGCAAGAGAAUGGGACCGAUCUAAGCUCGGACGAGGACGAAUCGAAGUCGCCAGGGAAGAAGGAUGCUACGACGCCAGAAGUGAAAAAAGAAGCACAUCGAGGGACUCAAUCAGAUAGUGAGUCGAACAAUGUUAAGACUAAAGAAUCGGUGAGUGGCAAGAAGAACUGUGAAGCUGAUGAUGUAUCUAGCGAUUCUGAGUCGGAGAAAGAUUCGAAGGGAGUGAAGAAAAAUGAAUCUAAAAAGGCUGUGAAAACGAGGACCUCAUCAAGGUCCAGAAUAGUGGAGGAGGAGGAGGAAUCGUCGGAAAGUGAGGAAUCAGUGGUUGAAGAAGAAACAAUGACCCGCUCGAAGAGCAAACUUGAACUGGAGAAGCGUCGAUCUAACAGCAAGGUGUUGCGCAACGAUAAGAUUGUGGGAAACUUUGUGAGAGAGCGAAAAAAGUCAGAGAACAUCACACCGCAAAAGGGAAAGAAAGUGAAUACCAAGUUGGAGGCGAGUAAGAAAAGGAUCUUGGACAGUGAUUCGGAUUCGAAAGCAGUCAGUGCUAGGAAACGAACGAGGAAGACAUCCAAGCUGCAAACUACUUCCGGAUCUGAAAGCUCGGAGGAAAGCGAUGUUGAAACAGUUUCGGAACGCUUACGUUCAAGAAAACAGAAGAGUUCGGAAACAUCGGCUCCUUCAUCUGCCACAAAACGAGGUACCAGUCAGGAUAAUCGAACGCCUGCCAAGGGUACCUCGGACAAGAAGAAUGUUAAGCCGGAACCGCCUAAAAAAGCGAGGGCGUCAUCCAAAGAAAACCUCACAGGAUUGUGCUUCAGCCAAGGCUAG